AGUCAAAGGACAACCAGAUAGGUUUUGAACGUUUCUGCAAGUGGAUUUGUGACAAAAUCGGAAAGUUUGCAGCAAAUGUCGACUGUUGCGCCAUAUCGGAACACGUUGCUCGGGACAAAAAUAAAUCCGUCACCCAUAACAAUUGAUUUGACGAAGGAAGCUGCGAGCGGUGUAGCGCAGUGCGGUCCCGACAGCGAAGUUGAUCUUGGCCCGAGGCUUAUCAAUGGAAGAACUCACCCCGUUUCAAACCGGUUCACGGCUUCUGCAGUUGGCCGUGUGAACCACGAAGAACAGGAAUGAGAGUCGGAGUUUUGCUAUUUACACUAUGUGAAUUGUUGUGUGCUGGAAGUUUUAUUGUGGAGAGCAAGUAUCGCUGUCUUUGGUGUCCAGUGACGAGUCAAUUGCCGGUUCUCUUGCUCGUGUGCGUUUUUAUACAUGGGUGGUGGUUGUAUUGACUGUCGCGGCGGCCGUGUGAGCCCAGUGCAACGGGUGUCACACAGGGUGGCGUUUGGCCAUCGACGGCCAUCAAUUUCUCAUGACAAUAAGCAGCCAAGAAUGGGAUUUCUUGGCAAGAACGACGGGCCCAGCACAACGGAUUGAUGAUGGAAAGGUUCCGAUCUAUCGGGAGGCCAGUUCAUCUGUGUAUGUUGGAGCCCUUGAUCUUCUGUUAUCACAUUCAUGGUAUCAACCUAUUCGGAGUAAUCAUGAUAGCUGCUCAAGUACUUCGCGUUUUCGUCGGCCUGAAGAAAAAUGCUGGCAAAGUGGUUUGGAUGCCACGUAGAAGAGUAAGUUUUGGUUCUCGGGUGCCAGCGCGGAAUGAACAGUUGCUGUGAACGACGGAGGAGCGGGAUGAAUGGAUUUUCUGCGUGUUUAGUGGACCCGUUGCUAGAGUGAUCUGUGGGCACGCAACAACACACGGCUACGGUAAACACCUACAUAGACCAUCCCCUACGCGGUAGCAGUCGGCUUCCGGGUUCUCUCUACCCUCCUCUCUGAGCUGGCUCUUUCCCUUUCCUUCUAUCCUUCCCUUUUCCUCUUCUCAUCAACCCUUCCUUCUCUCUCUCCUCUGUAUUUAAUUCCCCCCUUCCCUCUCCUUACUUUUUCUUUGGUCAUUUCUUUCCCGGCUGGCCCGUUCGUUUUGGAGACUUUAAGAGCAUUCUUGCCUGUGAGUGCGGGACUAGGAGGAGGAAGGGCACGCAAAGAUGCGUGUCAAGCAUAUUUUGAAUCGGCUUUCGGUGGGGGAGAGGCUGAAGCUUGUCUAUGAACGAAUCACCCUCACACGGUUCACAUUGACGUUCGUUAUUGUCGCGGUCAUUCACUGUCUUGUGCAGAUCGCGCUGCAGACGACUGCGUUCACGUUCAACUCGCGCGCGGCGGAUGUUUUGGGGCAUAUCAUGAGUCAGUCGGACGUCCCUCGACAGUAUGCAUUUGUGGAUAAUGGGAAGUUGUUUGUGUGUGAUGGAGUACCAGACGGAGGACCGUCUGAUAACGUUUGCUGGCCAAUUGCUGGACCGGGUGUUGUUCCGCCCCCGCCAGAUGCGUCUGUUGGACAAAUGGAUAUGAGCUUUGGAGAUGACGACGACGAUGACGACGACGAAGGUCCUUUCGGUGAUGACGAGGAUCACUUUGAGAAACAGGAUCGGAGGUCCCCGCUUGAGUUGCGUGACUUGACGGCGGUGCCGAUAGUCGACGACUCGGGAGCGGUCGUUAAUGUUAACGUAACGGGUGUGGAUGGUGAAGAUCCUAAUCAAGUCUUUCAACUUUCCCCUCUUUGUGUCGAAGCAUUGAAUUGGCCAAAUAUCAUACUCCAUGAUUCGCGGAGGGAAGACAUCGCAUUCCUCUUCUAUCAGGUCUGGCUGCUCGGAAUCUCGCUAGUAACAAUCCUCAACGAGUCUAUUCCGCAUUUGGUUGCUGCGCUCGUAAUGCACGGGUUGUCAACUGGGUGGAGCGGUUUUCAGGUGUCGCGCACCGGCCGGUACGAGCGCGAGUAUCAGACGCUCAUUGUUAAUGAUACGUGCAAUGGCGUGGAUAUUAUUCCGGGCUUUUGGGAGAGACGGAUGAAUUAUUUCAUCCCGAUCUUGGUCUUGAAUGCUGUUGUGCUUGCCAUAACGCUUGGAGUUUCUCUGAAGCUUUUUAGCGUAUAUGCCAAACAAACAUUCAACCGUGUUGGGGCAUCAAAGAGGAUGAAUGUGAUGUACUCUUACAUUCUCCUGCUGUCCGUCUUCCUUCAGCUCUCUGCGUUCUUCACCAUCUGCGGAUCGGCGUUAUGGAUCGAUGUCAUGAGCAAUGGCAUCCUAACCGGUAAGGAAGGUUAUCGGGUGAUAUUCACCAUCGCGAGCGUCGUCGAAUUCCCUUGGGUGAUUCUCGGCUGGAUUUCUUUCCGUAGAGAACACCGCAUUUGGUCACUGGUGUUCAUCAUCAUUGGGAUGUUACUCUGCGCAGCUUGGACGACUAUGUUCGCGAACGUGCUUUAUAGAUGGGCGAUGCAGAACUUCCCAUUCUUUGCUACGUUAACGAUCACAGCGUUUAUUGUGCUUGUUGCUACGGUCAUUCUGGCAGUGAUCUGUCGGAUGCAUUUUGGGAGGGGGCUGCCUCAGUAUCUGAAACGAGAAGAAACGUUCGAUGAUUCGAGUUUCGUACCUGUCAUCGUCCCGAAUAAACGCCAGUCGAAGCUCGUCUCCGUAAUCUUCCCAGACAAACGAACGAGCGCGUUGCGGAGGAUGUCAGAUGAGAAAAAGACCUAUACUCUCAAUCCCUACGAUCGUCGUGGGCAAGGCCAAUGGACAUCUCCUAACGGGAGUGUCGUCGACAUCAAGCCUCCCAGUGGACACGGACACGGCCACCGCUCAGAAGUAUCUUCUGUGUAUACAACUGUAACGAGUGCCGGCGCUUCGGACGGACACAGUCAUGGGCAUACCACCGCAGAACAGAACGCCCGUGAGAGGAACUCGAUAUUCUCACGAGCUCGCAUUCCGUUUUUGCGUUUCUCGGAUUUAUCAAAGUCGGGGAUGGGGAAGUUAACUUCGAGGUUCUCGGCUUAUACAUCGAGUAGCUCGACUUCGGAUUUAGAGGGAGGUGGGAUGCCGGAGGUGUCUUUGCCGAUGCCUCUACCUGCUGCACCGAGGAAGAACAAAGCAAGCAUUAGUAGUACGUAUUCUGCUGCUUCAUUGGCCCGAUCGACCAUGUCUGCUCGAAUGCCCGCACCUCUGGAAGAAGCGAAGAUUGGGAAGGCGACGCUGAAGAGCAUGUCGAUACGUGCAGUGCAGAUGCCUCCGCCAACUAUACAUGUCAUACCCGCGUCAUUGACGCGCCCGUAUCCGUUCGCCGAGGCGGAAGCGGUGGGUGGUGAUGAGGUUGCUACUCGCCCUGCCGCUGCUAUUUCAACGCCUGCACGGGAAGAGAAGAUGGAGUUCACGACUACUACUAGCUCGAGAUCGGAAUCAUCGUACGGACAUGCACGAUCUGGUUCCGGUUCGAGUUCAGGUUCUAGCUCUGGGAAUGGGAGUGUGAGUGGGUCGAGGAGUGGACGCUCGGAGACUCACAUACCGGGAAUACGCUCUUCGCCUCCAGGGAGAGCUUUCGCAGGUUUACCAGGAAACCCUCGAGUGUAUCGCUCUUGAGUUUACCGUUUUCAAUCAUUCAUUGAUUUGAUUUGAUUUGAUUUAAUCUGAUAUGAUUUGUUGGGCUGUUGUUUGUGCUGUCCUUCAUUGACACAUUCCCUCCUUUUGUCGAACCCUUCACGCGUUGUACCGAAACGAGCUGAGCCGGGUCGGUGUGGUGAUUUUUCAUGACUAGAUGAGUCAGUCAUUCAGAGUAUAUAAUUAGCCGUUUUAUUUCAUUUUCUUCAUGCUUUUGGUGACGGAGGACUGGUGCUUCCUGUCUCCAUUUCUUCUCUUCACUUCGCACCACUCGCUCAUGCAUUGUUGCCUUUUCCAUUCGGUAUCUACAUGCAUUUGUAUAAUUUACCUCAUCCCACUCUGCUGUCCUACACACUCUUCCUUUCGCUUUCUCUUAAGAUUAAGGUUGGGGCUAUAUGCGUCGGAGCAUUAGGCAUUGUUUGUAUACAUACACAUAUAUGGC